AUGAAGAUACGAGGAAUUCUUUUCGUAUCUUCCUUGUUACUACAAUCUACCAUGGCUGGGUUAUGGGGCAGCAGCAGCAAUAAUGGUAAAAAGAAGAAAGUAAUGGACCCUAUUACAGCUGAGAAAAAUCUACCAUCAGCACCCACUUCAAAAUAUGACUACAAACUUUCAUUCAAAAAGAACUACUAUUACAAUGGCUCCAUUCCUUUCUGGACAGCGGGUGGAGACAUCUUCCAAUCGGAGGACUUUAUUCGCCUUUCUCCCUCUGUUCCCAAUACAAAAGGCUGGAUUUGGUCCGAGAUACCUAAUCCCUACGAAGAAUGGGAAGUAGACGUAGCCUUCAGGGUAACAGGAAAUCACAUGCAAGGAGGUAGAGGUUUGGCACUUUGGUAUACACAGGAUAAAGAGCAACCUGGACCCAUUUAUGGCUCCAAAGAUAAAUGGGACGGAUUAAGUGUCUGGCUGGACUCUAAUAACCCAGUGACGCAUAAGCCAAGUACAGUGGUCAUUUUGAACGAUGGUACCUUGGAAUUCGCUUCGAAGAAUGCGUUGGACCCCAGAAAGUAUAUGCUGGGUGCUUGCUCUAUCAGUUUCAGGAACACAGAGAAUCCUGUAUAUCUUAAAGUUUCACUUAGAGAAACGACACUUACGGUCUCCAUGGAUAAUGGAUCUGGUGCCAAAGAUUAUCGUAUUUGUGUACAAAAAUCCGGUAUUAAACUACCUACAGGUUAUUAUUUUGGCGUGUCUGCACUGUCGAUCAAUCCUGCUGAUGAUCAUGACAUUAUAUCUUUUGAAACGCGACAAUUAAACCCACCCAAGAAGUUAGAGCACCCUAAACGCCCUUUAGAAGACGAGAAAAAGAAAAGAGGCGAGGAAUUUACUGGUAUAGACGAAGAACAACGAAAGAAAAUUGAAGAAGCAGAAUUUCAGAUGAGGAAAUUGAGGGAAACAGCCGAAAACAGUGCAGCUAUUUAUGACACUCAGCAAAGAGCAAUUGAGCAUAUUCAGCUUGUGCAAUUACAAAUUGAAGCUCUAGGUGCGCCAAGCCCAGACGAUGCCAUCACUGGAAAUUAUCAAAAAAUAGAUUUGAGCAAAAUUAAUGACAUGGGCAGCAGUAGUAGUAAUAGUGCUUCUUAUGAUAAGGUUCGCGCUGAGAAUAGGUACAGAAGCAUUCUUUUCGUUUUCCCAAGGAAACAGAUUGCUUGA